UUAGACGAAUGAGAUUGUUGUGUAAGCUAAUCAUCAUCAUAGAAUAUAUAAGAAUAUAUAAGAAUGUGUAAGGAAGUGGUUAAGCACCAUACACGAGUCUGUAUAAGAUCCAACAUAACAUUCUCCCAACAACUCGAGUUAUUGGGACCAACUAGUUUACUUCAAAAAAAAAAACUAGUUUAUGACAUGGUAUCAGAGCUGGUUUAUCCUUGAGGUCACGUGUUCAAGUCCUCACGACCCCAAUAUUAAUCGUUGUCUUUCAAGCACAUGGUAGGGCUGGGCCUGUGCAAACUUCAAGCCCAUGAGUCGGCUUUCGUUUGAGGGGGCCUGUAAGGAAGUGGUUAAACACCAUACACGGGUCUGUAUAAGAUCCAACAUAACCUUCUCCCAACAACUCGAGUUAUUGGAUUGUAUUGGACACAACCAAUGCUAAAAUUAUAAGAUCUAAUUAAUUAAUAAUAUUGUUGUUAAUUUGAAUUGUAUGCUAACAGGUGGUCACUUAUAGCGGGGAGGAUACCAGGAAGGACAGACAACGAGAUAAAAAAUUAUUGGAAUACACACCUUAGCAAGAAGUUGAUUAGCCUCGGGAUUGAUCCCACUACCCACAAGCCUCUCCUGCUUGCCAACAACACUAAUAAGCCUCCUUCCUCCACCAAAAUACCAUCAAAUAAGCCACCCAGUACUGGAUACCAUUUCCCAAUGCCAUCGUCUACCAGCUGCAACAAAAAUGUCAUGAUUACCACCUAUGAUGACCACCUGCAGCAUCGACAAGGGAAGCUUCCUAUGACUAUGAUGGAGGGAGAUUAUUGUUGUUAUGAUGGUGAUGCCAGCUGCAGUAUUGGUCAAGGCUACCAAGAUAUGAUGUUGAUGAUCAAGGAUUAUUGCGACACUAGGAGCAGCCAUGAGAAUAUUGGUAACGAGGACGAUGACGACGAUGCUUUCUCUUCCUUCCUCAACUCCCUCAUCAACGAAGAAGCAGAGCACCACCACCACCAACAACAACAGCAAGUUCUCGACGCCAAAAAUCCUGCAACUGCAAGUGGCUCCUCCUCAUGAUCAGCCUCCGGCCCUCUGAUCCCAACCUUUGAAUAUAUAAAUAUAAUAUAAUUAGUAGCUAGCCAGCUAGCUUUAUACAUACAUAAUUAAUUUCAUUCCACGCAUGCAUGCGUCAUGGAAUGAUCGCUAUAUAUAUGUGUAAUAUAAUGUAAGUGAAGAGCUGAAUAUAGCUAGCUCCACUACACAAUGCCAGACGUACUUCCACACAUCUACCAUUGUUUUGUUUGUAACCUAAAUAGAUAUAUUAUGUGUUAAGAUAAUGUUGCCUUGUUUGAAUGAUAUAUUAACGUGUUUGUGCAUAUGUGGUACGAACAAUUAUCUAUACAUAUAAAAAUGAAAUUUACUCAUCAGAUUUGCUAGCUACUCUGAAUAUUUAGCUAGCUAGCUGCUUGUCGGCCUGUAUAUAUAUAUAUAUGUUGUUUGUAAUGACGACAAAUACAGUAUAAUUGCAUGAGGAGGUUUUAUAUCACUCUUUUGAUAAUGUGAGAGGUUAAACCCACUCUUUUCACGUAUGUAUAUAUAUAUUGAAGUUUGUCGAUCCAUCGAUCCUACGGUUGUGGUAACUUUGAAUGAAAGAUAGCUAGCUAAGCCGUACAGAGGGUGAAACUCAAGCUAGCUACCAACUAGUCCUAUUAUGAUGCAGACAUUAAUGGAGCUACUCCUCCACGCAUGUUUGAUGGGUAGAUACCUGUAUAUAUAGUGAUUAGUGACAGUGUAGUGGGAGUGGCCUUCCCCACGUCGUCGGACGUGUUGCCUGUUUAAUUAGUUUACCAUUAAUUAAUUAUUUCUAGAUUUCCCUUCACCGCAUAUUGUUAUCUAUUAAAAAAUAACAUUUAGGUUCUUACUGUGCAUGUACGUACACGUAAGUAUAAACCAAGCUUCCACAAACUCAGUUUAAGCAAUUCUACACAAGUAGUUGUGUUCAUAUUCAUAUAUAUAUAUAUAUGCAUUCUUCGUUUGAGUACGUACUGAAAUAAGACAGUACUGCAUGUAAAUAUACAGCAGUAUAGCUUAAUUAAGUACACGAUCAAUCGGAUUAAAACGUACACUUAAUUGUUCAAAAUGGAACACUCGAGCGGUUCAUUAACAAUAACAACAUGCAACUUAAUUAUAAUCAAGCAUAUUAUUAUUAUUAUUAUAUAUAAUCGAAGGAGCGCGCAUUCGGAGAAAACAUUACCUGCAUGGAAUGGAGGCCGGGCUGGAUGGAGUUGCAAUGCAUCCAUCCAUCCAUCCUCAUGCUCUCUCUCUCUCUCUCUCGGGAAAGAAACACAGAGACUUGCAGUUGAUGGUAAAAAUCAAUGUGAUGGAUCAUUCAUUGCAAUCAUAGAAGAAUGCGUAUAUAUAUAUGUAUAUGUUCGUAGGCACACUAGCAGCUGAUUGUAAACAGACCAAACGUUCCAACUCAAAACCGUCGGUUUUAUCCAAACCAAGCUACUAGUAGUUAGACGGACAAACCUUUCUCACUCUUAAUUUCCCUUUUCCUCUUUGGGUCCGUCAUCUCAAAUCAACCGCAAUCGCCCAUAGUCCAUUGGCGUAACCAAACUUGAACUUGAGUGGUGUUUUGAAUGACUGAGAUAAACUAGAAUUAAGGUGAAAUGAUAAGCUUUAAUAUGUUGGGUGUGAUGAUUCACUAUGAGAUCCUUAAUUAAAUCCAAAGCAAUCAUCUAAACAUUUUCGGCUCAUAUUUGUUGCCACCAAGUGGGUCCAUGGAACCAAUUCCCCUCGGCUUGGCUCCGCCUACUAACUACUACUUUAAACUAGAGGUGUUCAAAUGGUUACCAUGGUUAUUACCAAACCAAAUAAGGUUAAAUUUCAUUA